AUAUGGGGUGAAAGUUACUUGGCGGAUAUCUCAUCUCGUGAUGAAUUGGCUAUAAGAAAUGAUAAGGGAUCGACUUCAACUCUCAAAGUUGAGAUAGCGAAUUGUCGAGAUAUUCCAUUCGUGUCAUACGACAUAGAAGAAGCCAAAGAGUAUAUUAAUAAAAUCCCCUAUUAUGUUCUUCGAAUCUAUGGACAUCUAGUUAAUAGCCAGAAGGCGGUCGUAACUAUCACUGGUAUUAAGGUUUUCUUCGAUAUUCACGUUUCCGAAAAUUCGAGUAUUCCCAAAUUCUGGUCUAAAAUAAAGGGAAUACUUACUACUGGAAAAGACAACCAGGGGAAUAGAUGUAUAAAGGCAUAUCCUAUUCGUGGUUAUCAUGCAGAAAAAAAGCCGUAUCUUCGCAUUACUACGCCAAAUAAAGACCUAAGAUUCACCGCUCUCGAUAUUAUCUCAAGAUAUAAUUCGGAGGUCGAUCAAGAAAAUAGGAUAGAAACUGCUUCAAAUGAUACAGGCACAUAUUAUCAUAAAGUUGCGAGAGAGUAUAAGAUACCACUUUCCGGAUGA